CUGUUGUGUUGAAGACCAAUCAAGCAGGAGAGACCAGCCUCCCCUGUUCCCAGCUGUGUGUCCAUGAAGAGUGACGGGUCUAUGGUUCAACCUUUACAGUUUAGAGAGGGAGACUUUUCUACUGAACAAAGAAACCAACAGAAGAGAUCAGAGUCAGAGAUUCUCAGUGGUCAGUCUUCCCAGAGUCAUCAAACAGACCUGGCCUCCAUAUUCAGUUUGCUUGAAGAGAAAAUUAUGACAUUUGUGAAGAACGAGCUGAAGAUGUUCAAGAGGAUUCUUAGUCCAGAACUCCCAGAAGGCUUUGAGAGUCAGAAGCAGGAUAAGGAAGUGGUGGAUGCUGAAGAUGAGCAGCAGGAGAGCAGUGCCAGAGAGGGGGCUCUGAAGAUCACACUGCACAUCCUGAGGAAAAUGAACCAGAAGGAGCUUGCUGACACACUGGAGAAAUAUGAGCUUGCUGUGAUUUGCCAACGUGAACUCAAAUCUAAUCUAAAGAAGAAGUUUCAAUGUGUAUUUGAGGGGAUCGCUAAACAAGGAAACCCAACACUUCUCAAUAAGAUCUACACAGAGCUCUACAUCACAGAGGGUGGAACAGGAGAGGUCAAUAAUGAACAUGAGCUGAGACAGAUUGAGACAACAACCAGGAAACAAGCAAGACCAGAGACUGCAAUCAAAUGUAACGACAUCUUCAAACCCUUAACUGGACAAGACAAACGUAUCAGAACUGUGCUGACAAAGGGAGUCGCUGGCAUUGGAAAAACAGUCUCUGUGCAGAAGUUCAUUCUGGACUGGGCUGAAGGAAAAGCAAAUCAGGAUGUCCAAUUUGUAUUUUCAUUCCCUUUUAGGGAGCUGAAUUUGAUGAAAGAGGAGAAACACACUUUCAUUGAACUUCUCAAUCACUUCUCAAUUGAAACCAAAACAUCUAGAAUCUCCAUCUACAACAAGUACAAAGUUUUGUUCAUCUUUGAUGGUCUGGAUGAGUGCCGACUGCCCCUAGACUUCCAGAAGAACAAGAUCUGUUGUGACGUCACAGAGUCAACCUCAGUGGAUGUUCUGCUGACAAAUGUCAUGAAGGGAAAUCUGCUUCCCUCUGCUCUCAUCUGGAUAACUACCCGACCUGCAGCAGCCAAUAAGAUCCCUUCAGGAUGUGUUGACCAGGUGACAGAGGUACGAGGGUUCAAUGACCCACAGAAAGAAGAGUACUUCAGGAAGAGAUUUAGUGAUGAGGACCUGGCCAGCAGAAUCAUCUCACACAUAAAGACAUCAAGGAGCCUCCACAUCAUGUGCCACAUUCCAGUCUUCUGUUGGAUUUCUGCAACAGUCCUUGAACACAUGCUGAAAAAUAAGAGAGAAGAGAUGCCCAAGACUCUGACUGAGAUGUACACACACCUUGUGGUAUUUCAUACCAAACAGAAGAAUGAAAAGUAUCUUGGGAAUGAAGAGACAGGUCCACACUGGAAUAAAAAGAGCAUUCUGUCACUGGGAAAACUGGCUUUUCAACAGCUUUUGAAUGGCAAUCUGAUUUUCUAUGAAGAAGACCUGAAAGAUGCUGGCAUUGAUGUCAAUGAAGCCUCAGUGUACUCAGGAUUGUGCACACAGCUCUUUAAAGAGGAAUGUGGGCUGUACCAGGACAAGGUGUACUGCUUUGUUCAUCUGAGCAUUCAGGAGUUUCUGGCUGCUGUAUAUGUGUUCCUCUCAUUCAUCAACAACAAUGAGAAUGUAAUGGACAAACUGCAAUCAACGUCCAGGAACUUUUCUGUGAGGAUCAAACAAAGGCGUAAAGUUACUUUCUACAAGAGUGCUGUGGAUAAAGCCUUACAAAGUGAGACGGGAAACCUGGACCUGUUCCUCCGCUUCCUUCUGGGCCUCUCACUGGAGUCCAAUCAGAAGCACUUACGAGGUCUACUGACAAAGACAAGAAGCAGCUCACAGAGCCAUGAAGAAACAGUCAAAUACAUCAAGGGGAAGAUCAGGGAGAAUCCCUCUCCAGAGAGGAGCAUCAAUCUGUUCCACUGUCUGAAUGAACUGAAUGACCAUUCUCUAGUGGAGGAGAUCCAAAGCUACCUGAGAUCAGAAAGUCUCUCAAAACCCAACCUGUCACCUGCACAGUGGUCAGCUCUGGUCUUUGUGUUGCUGACUUCAGAAAAGGAGCUGGAUGUGUUUGACCUGAAGAAAUACUCCAGAUCAGAGGAAGGUCUUCUGAGGCUGAUGCCAGUGGUCAAAGCCUCCAGAGCUGUUCUGCUGUCAGGCUGUAGAGUCACAGAGGAAGGCUGUGCUUCUCUGGUCUCAGCUCUGAGGUCAAACCCCUCACACCUGAGAGAGCUGGACCUGAGUAACAAUGACCUGAAGGAUUCAGGAGUGAAGCUGCUCUCUGAUGGACUGGGGAAUCCCCACUGUAAACUGGAGACUCUGAGGCUGUCAGGCUGUCUAGUCACAGAGGAAGGCUGUGAUUCUCUGGUCUCAGCUCUGAGGUCAAACCCCUCACACCUGAUAGAGCUGGAUCUGAGUAACAAUGACCUGAAGGAUUCAGGAGUGAAGCUGCUCUCUGCUGGACUGGGGAAUCCCCACUGUAAACUGGAGACUCUGAGGCUGUCAGGCUGUCUAGUCACAGAGGAAGGCUGUGCUUCUCUGGUCUCAGCUCUGAGGUCAAACCCCUCACACCUGAGAGAGCUGGAUCUGAGUAACAAUGACCUGAAGGAUUCAGGAGUGAAGCUGGUCUCUGCUGGACUGGGGAAUCCCCACUGUAAACUGGAGACUCUGAGGCUGUCAGGCUGUCUAGUCACAGAGGAAGGCUGUGCUUCUCUGGUCUCUGCUCUGAGGUCAAACCCCUCACACCUGAGAGAGCUGGACCUGAGUAACAAUGAUUUGAAGGUUUCAGGAGUGAAGCUGCUCUCUGCUGGACUGGGGAAUCCCCACUGUAAACUGGAGACUCUGAGGCUGUCACGCUGUCUAGUCACAGAGGAAGGCUGUGCUUCUCUGGUCUCAGCUCUGAGGUCAAACCCCUCACACCUGAGAGAGCUGGACCUGAGCUACAAUCACCCAGGAGACUCAGGAGUCAGACUGCUCUCUGCUGGACUGGAGGAUCCACACUGCAGACUGGAGAAACUCAAUGUGGAACAUGAUGGAGAGAACAGAAUGAAACCUGGACUUAGAAAAUAUGUCUGUGAUCUCACACUGAACCCAAACACAGUAAACAGACACCUCUCUCUGUCUGAGGAGAACAGAAAGGUGACAUGGAGGACAGAGGAGCAGCCGUAUCCUGAUCACCCAGAUAGAUUUGAGUACUGUAGACAGGUGCUGUGUAGAGAGGGUCUGACUGGGCUCUGUUACUGGGAGGUAGAGUGGAGUGGGGGGGCUGUUAUAGGAGUGGCAUAUAAAGGAAUCAACAGGAGAGGAGAGGUUAAUGACUGUUGUCUUGGAUACAAUGACAAGUCCUGGAGUCUGUUCUGCUCUGACAUCAGUUACUCUGCCUGGCACAAUAAUAAUCACACUACCAUAGACGUCCCCUCCUCCAGCUCCCACAGAGUAGGAGUGUAUCUGGACUGGCCAGCCGGCACUCUGUCCUUCUAUAGAGCCUCCUCUGACACACUGACCCACCUGAUCACAUUCACCUCCACGUUCACUGAGCCCCUCUAUCCAGGGUUUAGGCUUUGGUGGGAUGACUCCUCAGUGUCCCUGAAAAUAAUAACCUGACACAC